AUGGCUGUGGGAAUUAUUGGGGGUGGAGGUGCAAUGCCAUUGGAGGUAGGGCUUCGUAGUGGAGCAGCUCUUCUUUUGUUAUACAGUUGGAUGAAAAUUGGGAGCGACUCUAUUAAACGUAGAGGACGACCACCAGGGCCACCAGGAUGGCCGAUUGUUGGCAAUAUGUUUGAUCUUGGAACGUCGCCACACCAAACCUUCUAUAAACUUCGAGCUGAGUAUGGACCUGUCCUUUGGCUAAAGCUCGGUUUUGUAAACACCAUGGUCAUACAGUCCGCCUAUUCUGCAGCUGAAUUGUUCAAAAACCACGACCUUUCUUUCUCUGAUCGCAAGGCCACUGAAUCACUGACGGCCUUAGGCUACAACGAAUCAGCUUUGGCUGUUUGCGAGUAUGGUGCGUACUGGCGCAGGCUACGUCGUCUCUACACCAUUGAGCUAUUCGCCAGCAAACGAAUCCAGGAAUCGGCUCCACUUAGGGAAAAGUGCAUUGACAAGAUGGUCCGGUGGAUCGAGGAGGAUUCAAUAACAUCACGUGCACAAGGAGGCUCAGGGGAAGUAAAGCUAGUUAAGUACCUUUUCCUUAUGGCUUUCAACAUGGUUGGAAACCUCAUGUUUUCAAGAGACCUCCUGCAAAUGCAGUCCAAUGAAGGAGACGAAUUCUUCGAAGCCAUGAACAAGUUCAUGGAAUGGGCCAUGAAGCCUAAUGUGGCGGAUUUUUUUCCAUUUUUGAAAUGGCUCGACCCACAAAGGAUCAAGAGGAACAUGGCCCGAGAUAUGGGACGAUGCAUGAAAAUUAUCACUGGAUUAGUCGAUGAGAGGGUUCAAGAGAAGCAAUUAGGAAGAGACGAUGUGAAAAACGACUUCUUGGAUGUGUUGUUGGCAUACGAAAGUGAUGGGAAAGAAGGGCCUCAUAAGUUAUCAGAGUCGACUGUGAAUAUCAUCAUCUUGGAAAUGUUUUUUGGUGGAUCAGAAACUACAACCAGCACAAUCGAAUGGGUAAUGACAGAGCUAUUACGCAAUCCUAGGUCGAUGAAAAAGGUCAAAGACGAGCUUGAUCAAGCCGUUGGGCCCAAUGUAAAAGUAAAAGAGAGUGACA